AAAUCUAACCAGCUUCUACUUGGAAUAUCUCGCCAGUUUCCCUCCUCAUUCCACUCAGUCAUCCUUUCCUUCCUUUCCUUGUGUUUUCAUUCCUUUUGUUGUCUUUAAUUAGGCUACCCGGUUAUCAAAUACGGAGAGACCAGUCUUCUUCCUCAACCACAUAAUCCGCGCAGAAUCACGCGCGUGUUCGGUGGCAGUCCCGCGCCGCAGCUGAGUUCCCGCGGGCAGCACUGUUGAGCGCUCGAGAGGGGAGCGGACCUGCAUUCUAAAGCUGAGCUUUUUUUUCAUUUUUUUACGGUUCGCAAUCUCUCUCUCUCUCUCUCCUCCACAUUGCAGUCCUGUCACGUCCCCCCUGCUCCCCCCAUCUGCCUCAACCGCUCCAGGAGAGGAAAGGAGAUAGGGAAGAGUGCGGCUGAAAAGCGAACAGACAUGUCGUCAGCCAACGCAUAAAGUCUCCGAUCCGCUGUUCGUUGAUUUCUUCGCGGGGACCUGAUGCGUUGAGGGGUGGGUGUGUGACGACGCCCUAGGCUGGGCUUAGAGGCUACAGAGGCAGGAUGCAGUGGUUCCCCCUGCUGACUGUUGUAGCCCUGGGGUGUGUAACCCCGACCCACACACACACUCACACACACACCCCGACGCCCACCUCCACACACACCCCUCUGGUGGACGGCUCGGAGGAGGUGGACGAGCCGUGCUUUGAGCCAUGCACCUGCGAGGUCAAAGAGGGUGUGUUGCACGUGCACUGUGAUGGGCGAGGCUUCACUAACGCCAGCCAGGUGUCCCAGUCCUGGAUCCGCCCCUUCAAGCUCAACUUGCAGAGAAACUCCCUAAGGCGUCUCUAUAGCAACAGCUUCCUGCACCAGGGCAAUGCUGUGGCGAUAAACCUGGGCAACAACGCACUGCAGGACAUCCGUGCCGGGGCGUUCCAUGGCCUGGGGACACUGAGACGCCUCUACCUCCACGAGAACAAACUGGAGGUGUUCCGCAACGACACUUUCUCCGGCCUUGAGGCACUAGAAUACCUGCAGGCUGACUACAAUGUAAUUAAACGCAUCGACAGCGGGGCACUACGCAACCUGCACAAACUACGUGUACUCAUCCUCAACGACAACCUCAUCCCUGCCCUGCCCCCUCAUCUGUUCAGAUCUGUGUCUUUGACCCACCUGGACCUUCGGGGGAACCGUCUGAAGAGCCUGGCUUAUGCUGGAACUCUGGAGUACGUGGGCCGCAGCCUAAUGGAGCUCCAGUUGGAGGAGAACCCGUGGAUCUGUGGCUGUGAGGCGGUCCAGCUCCAGACCUGGCUGGGUCACAUCCCGUACACCGCAGUGGUGGGGGACAUCACCUGUGAAUACCCCUUUCACCUGCAUGGAAAAGACCUGAGGGAGAUACCACGCAAAGAGCUGUGCGCCGGCGAGGUGGAGAAGGAGGGAGAGAGGGACGGAGGGGUACAGCCUCCCAAGCAUCCUGCUUCUAUCCCGAAAGCAAACCCCAACCCCGGGAGGCCCAGACCCACCAAGCCAUCCUCCAUGGUUCACCAUCAGAACACACAUACGUCGUCUUCGUCGACUUCUUCAUCGUCAGCGGAGCGAAGGGAGAGAGAGAGGUCACCUCGGCCCACCAAGCGCCCCCGGCCCUCAAGGACGCCUCCCACCCAACGUAGUCUCCUUCCCAACCAGCCCCCUCCCGUUGCGGGGUACCAGACUCGCCCCCCGAUCCCCAUAAUCUGUCCUCUGGGGUGCACCUGUAACCUCCACAUCUCAGACCUAGGGUUGACAGUAAACUGUAAGGAGAGCAACUUCCGUAACGUGUCCCAGCUCACGCCACGCCCCCUAAACGGCAGGAAGUUAUACCUGAGCGGCAACCUCAUCCAGCGGAUCUAUAAGUCCGAUUUCUGGAAUUUCUCCAGUCUGGAUCUACUUCACCUGGGAAACAACCGAAUCUCCUUUAUUCAGGAGGGAGCUUUCUCCAGUCUGCCAACCCUGAGAAGUCUCUACCUGAAUGGCAACAAUCUGCAGAGGCUCAGUCCACAUAUGUUCUUGGGACUAUACAACCUCAGGUUCCUGUACUUCGAAUACAAUGAGAUUAAAGAGGUGGAGGCAGGAACAUUUAGCUCUAUUCCGUCGCUUCAACUGCUCUUCCUCAACGCCAACCUGCUGAGGUCACUCCCAGUCGGAGUGUUCCAGGGUAUUGCUCUCUCCCGCCUCAACCUCCGCAACAACCACUUCCUCAGUCUGCCUGUAGAGGGAGUGCUGGAGCACCUUACUGGACUGGUGCAGGUGGACUUGCAGCAGAACCCAUGGGAGUGCAGGUGUGACGCGGCUCCUCUGAAGCGUUGGUUGGAGGGCCUGAGUGCGGUGGUGGUGGUGGGGGAGGUGGUCUGUCACUCUCCAGAGGAGACCGCAGGUACAGACCUUCGCUCUCUUUCCCUGGACCUGCUCUGUCCAGACCUGGGCCCUCACCAGUCCCCAGAGGAAAACCAGAUGGUGCAGAACAGCUCUACAGCCCCGGACAGUAGCACAACUCCCGGCUAUCCCGUGCCAGGGCCAGGGCCCGGCCCCCUGGAUCCCCUGUCCAAGGCCUCCAUCCCUCUGUCGGUGCUGGUGCUCAGCCUGCUGGUGCUGUUUGUGUCCGCGUUUUUCGCGGCGGCGGCGCUGAUCGCCUACGCCCUGAGGAGACGGGACAAGCUGCCGUUCCGGCGACAGGGGGAGGUGGACCUGGCCGGCAUCCAGAUGGAGUGUGGGAUAUUCACCGAGCAGCAACACCACCACCGAUUACCUGAGACCCCUCCCCCUCUGUCCGCCUCGGAGCACACCCACAUCUACGACAGCAUCCUCCCCAGCGGGCCCGGGCCCGGCCCUGACCUCAGUCAAUCCACCCACCUAUGCAGCAGCCGGGUCUACAAGGACGAGGACAACGCGGAGUUGAAACAUCCACUGGAGCAGCUGCAACUGUUCCCGGGUUCCAAAGAGAAAGGGAGCGUUGGAAGUUAUCAUUCAGCUGGGGAGAGAGAGAAAGAACGAGAGUGGACCUUGGCACCCUCCUCCCCCAUCGGCACUGUUGCUGGGGCGGUGGGACCUCCUCUCUCUGAUCUCCACGGAAAUGGCAUCCUCUGCCCGACGGUCAUAGACAGCCAGGGCCCAACUCCCAAAGUGGGAUUGGUUAACUGCCUUUUCAGAAUCUCUGGAAUGUCCACCCCUGUCCCGGAGUUCCGGGACCUGCCGGACAGGUACGCACGCCCCCCGCCACCCCGAUAUCCCCACCCUCCUGAGCCUCCCGACCCCAUACAGGAAGCCAGACCCAACCAAUCGCUUGUGGUUACGAGCGCGACAGCGGGCACAGGAUCGACCAGUGGUAACCAGAGCCAGGACUCAGAUUUUCCCCGAGAGCUGAGAGCUAGACUCAGGACCAAACCAGAUUACAUGGAGGUCCUGGAUAGAUCUUAUCAGUUCUAAUGGAUAACGUUCCCAAUGCCGGCGAUGACAAGACAAGAACUAACUUGUGCACUCUGUCAGGUCCUGAAAAUGUAGAAAUGUGGGGAGUCGUUUGAGGGACCAUGAUGACAUUUUCCCUGAACACUGAUAUAUGAUCAGUUAAGCAUUUUUCCUUGCUGAUUGUGAAGAUAAGUCUUUGGAGAGGGUAAUCUGAUCCUUGAUCAGUGCCUAAGAGCAGCAACUUCUAUUUUUUGUACAAUUGAUGACAAAGUAUCAGGCUUUUUGUAUUCACAGCAUCACAAAGCAAGGGUGGGUAUGUCUUCUUAUUAGCUCUUUAAACACCUGCUGAUAAUGGACACUAGCUUCGCCUCCCCAGCAACAUUGUGAAAGGUGAGCAAGGGGGAGAGAGUGAGACAGAAGGUGAGCAAGGGGGAGAGAGUGAGACAGAAGGUGAGCA